AUGAAAUAAUGGGUACAAAAUAUGGUAAAGACAUAUAAACAAAUGAAUAAGCCAGAUGACAAAUUGAACAUCAAAAAGUUUUCGAGUCUUCAAUAUCCACAAUGUCCUUUUGGAGGUGAUCAUAGUGGAGAAGCUAUGAGUUUGAUUUGUUUGGAAAAAGAUUGUUUACAAAGCCAAAUUUUAUGUUGUUGUAUUUGUUAAGAGGAAUUUCAUAAGGGACAUCAAUUAAAACCAUUAAAACUCUUGUUGUGUGAAUAUGAUUAAUAAUUGAGGUAUUUUCUUUUAUAACAUUUAGAGAGUAUUAAAAUAUUUCUUUAAAAUAAAGCGAGAAGGAUAUCCUAAUCAAGAAGAUUAAUGAAUAAGAAGAAAAACAAUUGAUAUACAUUUAAGAGUUUAAAGAACAAAUAAACAAUAAACUGUCUAAAAUUGUCACCUUAGAAAAAGAAUUCUUCGAAAACUUACGCAAAUUUGUGAAAAUGAGAGAAUUCAGCACUGGCAAUCAAUGUAAUUAUCCACAUUAAUGAGAUCCAGAUGCAGUCAUUGAGACAAUCAUUUAAAAUCAAACUAAUGUUGAAAUGCUUAGUAGCUCAGUCAAGAAUUUGCUUGAUGCUUUAGUUGUUUAGGAAAUUCCAGAAAAAGAUCUCAAUUAUGAAGAAAUCAAUAGGAUUUUCGAUUUUCACAUAAAAGAUCAAAAGGAUCACUUAUCCUAAUUGGAAAAACAAUUUAAUUAAGGCAUAGAGUAGCAGAUUGAUCUCCUGUAAUCAAAGACAUAAAAAACAAUAUUCUAGAAAUCUUAUCAAUUCUAAUUUCUACCAAACAACAAACAUCCUUAGGUUGAUAUAAUACAACCAAAGAUUGUAAAAGGUAUAUUCUAUAUAUAAUUGUGUUUAAAGCAAGCAACUCAAAUCAUGGAUACAAGUUUGCAGUGAUGACUCCAUCAUUAGACAAAAAUCAGACAACUGUUUUUGGGUUCAAAUUGAAUGUAAAAUUAUGAUUUCUAAGCAAUAUCUAGUUUGUUCAUUAAAGCAAUUGGAUUGCAGUUGGAGUAUGUGAUUUAUCGAUAGUGUAAAGCAAGCAAUUCGGAUUUGCAUUUCAAUCACUGGGACAUGGUGCAUAUAUGGUGUCAUCAAAUGGCGGUGCUUGGUCUAGUACUACUUCUAAUCAGAAUAAUGUGGUUAAAUGCUUCAAGUUUGGAAAGGGGGAUAUCAUUGUCUGCACUUAUGACCCAAAGAACGAAACUAUUAUAUUCCAUAAACAAAAGGUUAAAUGUUAUUCUAUGUCAGUCUAGCACCACAUUCAAACUUGACAUUCCAAAAUCCGAUCAUGAUUUGUACCCAUGUGUUUUAUUUUAUUAUGCUCUGGAUGAAGUGGAAUUCAUACCCCCAGAAGGAAUAAAUAAAUAAUGA